GUUGCUUGGCAUCCGAACUGUCUUUCAUUUUGGAACCCAGCGAUGUGAUCGCAGUAAGGGAUCAACCACUCAUGCUGGAUUGCCAGGUGCAGGGCGAGCGACCGAUUACAAUCACAUGGCGUAAAAAUGGGAUGCCCUUACCCUUCAGCCCACGAGUCCAGGUACUGGAAAAAGGAACACUGUUAAUUCAAAGAUUCCAGAAACGCAGAGAAGGGAUUGAUGCAGACAUGGGCGAGUAUGACUGUGCUGCACAGAAUCGUUAUGGCUUGCUGGUGAGCCGCAAGGCCAAAGUUCAUUUGGCGUCUCUUCCAAAGUUCCACACUCAUCCAGUAUCCAUGUCUGUGAAUGAGGGAGGAGUUGCUCGCUUCCAGUGUCAAAUAAAUGGUAUUCCUGAGGCUACCAUAACAUGGGAAAAAGAUAAAGGACCACUGAACACUUCUGACAGCAGGUACACUCUUCUACCAAUGGGUAUCUUACAAGUAACAGGUGUAAGGAAGGCAGACACAGGAAUUUUUCGCUGUGUGGCCACCAAUAUUGCAAACACUCGUUACAGUCAUGACGCCACACUCAAUGUUACAGGUGGAGCUCCUAGAAUCUAUAAGGAGCCAGUCAUCCUGUCUGGGCCCCAGAAUCUUACCAUCACUGUCCAUCAGACUGCCAUUUUGGAGUGCAUUGCCACAGGGAACCCUCGGCCCAUUGUUUCUUGGAGCAGGCUAGAUGGACGUUCUAUUGGAGUGGAGGGUAUACAGGUCGUCGGGACAGGCAACCUGAUGAUCUCAGAUGUCACCCUGCAGCACUCCGGUGUUUAUGUGUGUGCUGCCAAUCGGCCUGGUACCAGAAUGAGACGCACAGCACUGGGACGCCUGGUGGUACAAGGAAUUAAUUCAGGCCACCGGCAGAAGCAACUCUUCACACAACAAGGAAUGAUCAUUGACACACUGAUGUCUGAUCAAGUCUGA